AUGCUGGACCCCCUCGGCUCCCCUCCAGCAUGGCUGCGGGAAUUCAUCGAGCCGUUCGCUCUCAAGCUGAGCAGUCCGACCCUCUCGGACCACGCUCAUGAGGUCGUUCUUGCCUUUGUCUUUUACCAGGUCAUUCACUCAUUCGUUUCACCUUGGCUGUCGGCGAUUCUCUGUCCACAGUCCUAUCCUAAGUUGAGCCCCCGCACCAAGCUGAACUGGGAUAUCCAUGUCGUCUCGCUGGUUCAAAGCGUUCUCAUCAAUGCCGUCGCACUUUGGGUGAUGUAUGUCGACGAGGAGCGCUGGUCCAUGUCCGCCGCUGAGCGUGUUUUCGGAUAUACUGGUGCCUGUGGCUUGAUUCAGGCCCUGGCUGUCGGAUACUUUGUCUACGAUCUGAUCGUGAGCGCCGUGCAUAUUAAAAUGUUUGGUAUUGGCAUGCUCUUCCAUGCGAUCAGUGCGCUGUGGGUUUUCAGUCUCGGCUUUAGACCUUUCCUCAACUACUACGCUCCCACGUUCAUUCUCUACGAGCUCUCCAGCCCAUUCCUGAAUAUUCACUGGUUCCUUGACAAAGUCAACAUGACCGGCAGCCGUGCCCAGUGGUACAACGGUAUGGCUCUGCUGGGUAUGUUCUUUUGCUGCCGCCUGGUGUGGGGAACUUGGCAAUCAGUCGUGGUCUACUCGGAUAUGUGGAAAGCGCUGCAGCAGACGUGGGCCGCCCAGGCUUCCCCGCUUCUGGAACCCACCAACAUCAGUGCCCAUGUCUUCUACCCCACCCGCGACGGCGGCAUGUGCAUUGACGAGACCUGCGCACGCGCCAAUGCCGAGAUCUCUCGCUUCAAGGACUACACUGCCAGUGGUGUGCCAACCUGGCUGGUGCUGACCUACGUGGGAUCGAACAUCAUCCUCAAUUUCUUGAACUAUUACUGGUUCUCCAAAAUGGUGGAGACUGUUCUCAAGCGUUUCCGCACUCCCGAGGAGAAAGAUGAGAUAACUCCUGAGAAAUCUGGGGAUAUUGCACAGAAAGUCAUCCUCAAAGCAGCCGCCAAGCUCGAAGAAGAGGAGAGCGCGCUUCGCCGCGGCGAGCUCACCCUUUCCCCGGAGCAGAUCGCCUCGGGAAUUGAUGUUGGCGCUCUGGGUGACGAGCUACGCAAGCGUCGGGCAGACUUGGUAGCCAAGGUCCCAUUACCUGGCGCAUGA